UCCCCCGCAGUGGGUUUGUGCCAUUGAGGCUUCUUCAUAAUCAUCAUCGUCUUCUUCGUGUUCCAAUGGCUGAGCGGGGCGCACCGCCGUCACCAUCGAUGGAACCCGCCAGGAAGAACGCCGCGCCGCCGACGUCGCGUUCGACGCAAUCCUUCGACGUCGCCGCCAGGUCGCCGUGGCCGUGGGCGACGAGGAUGCCCCCUCGCGGAACGGCCGCCCUCCUGGUGGUCCUGCUGGGCGCGCUGUUCUACGCCUACCAGGAGGACGUGAUCCGGUGGGCGACCCGCGCGAGGCGCAACAUGCACAACCAGCUCUUCUACAGGGACAACAAGUGCGAGGCCGUGCGCGUGCUCAGGACCUGCGAGCGCGAGGAGCUAAUCAAGGUGCUGUUCGUCGUCGACAGCGAGCCCGAGAACGCCGAGCGGAGGCGCUUCGCGCGGCUGUCGUACGCCAGGCGCAGGUUCGCCUCUCCAAUCAAAUGGCUCACCGUAUUCCGGAUGCGCGGCAACAAGACCGAGGACGAGCUGGAGUCCCUGGUGCGCGAAGAGUGCAAAAUGGCCGGCGACAUCGUCGUGCCCCGCGGCCCUCACGCGGAGAUCGCCGGGGAACCCGGCAGCCGGAAGAUGGCGCCCACUUUCCUGCCGUUCGUGUCGUGGAUCCUGGAGAAGUGCCCCAACGUGGACCUGGUGGUGCACAUGCACGACGCGGUGCUACCGCACCCGUUCUACCUGCCGAACUACCGGGUUCUCCACAUGGACCACCAGCCGCAGGUGAUCCACUGCCACGGCACCGGCUUCUCCACGGCCGAGUGCAAUGAUUCGUCCGUGCUCAUGACCAAGAAGAAGGGCAUCGAGGCCCUCGCGCGGAAUGCCUCCGAACAAGAGGGCCUCAUGGUCACGGGCAACCUGGAAGUCAAGGACCUGGCCAGCUACAUCGCGGUGAACGAGACCAUGACCAUGCUGUACACGAUCGGCGCCGUGCUGUUCUACACGUACCCGCCCAACUUGAACGUGUCCAUGAUGUCGCUCUGGCAGGAAAUGAUGGCCGCGCCGGAGAACAGCCCCCACUAUCUCUAUCUUUGAGCCGGGAUCUCUGAACGGCCCCCACUGACUCGGCAACUUUACUUUCAGCAGACAGACCGCACAGAGGCUCGUAACAUGGCAGAGGGUUGAGACUGAAAACGCCCGUCCGUUUACAGUUCGCAAUAGGCAAUAGCAAACAAGCAAGCAAGCAAAGACACAUGGCCAUGCUUUCUUCGCACAAACAAUAACACACAACAUAACGUUCUUUUGCGUCUUAUAGAUUAACAUCAUCAUUAUCCGAAACUGGACACUGCGUUGGUUUUGCUGUGCGCCGGGGAUCAUAUAGUGGGGGAGUUUUCUUCGAAGCCGUGUUGAGAUAAAUGGCUGUUGUGACUUUU